CCACGCCGCCAGCUGCUCUCGGAGGGACUUUGCUCCUCUUCUGGCUGUAAUUUGCAUUAUUGGGCAGCUAUCCACACUGUUUCUCCAAGAAAUCACAUGAUGACUGUUAGUUUCCACCCAUAACAAACUGCAUUUAACAUUGGAUUAAUUCGAGUGACGUGACCUGGUUAAAUGGAAAAGUGAAAGAGAACAAGUUGCCUUCACUUAAGUUAGGAAUUCAACAGUGGUUCAGCAAGACGGUAUGGUUUGACCGUAAGAAGGUGUGACGUUUGAACAUGGCAAGCGAGGUAAAGUUCACCAAGUGCGAUCUUCUAUUGAACCUAGCCGGAUUCGUGCUGUACUCAGCAGACAUUGCAACCGAUCUUUGGGUUGCUGCAGUGUAUUUGUUCGAAGGACAUUUUAUUUGGUGUGUUCUGGUGUUGACGGUGACACUAGUUUCUGCAGUGAUACUUCAGAGCUUCAGCUGGACUUGGUAUAAAGAUGACGAGGAACGCCAGCAGGAUCAUUCAGAAACAGAGGGUUCCCACAACCAAGUCUGUAAAUGCGGGUGUUCCUGGCUCCUUGUCAUUCAUAUCUUUCAGAUGGGGAUACCAAUGAGGUUCAUAAAAGCACUUAUGCUUGGAUACAAAGCAGCAAUUAAACAAAAAGAUACUCACAUGGAUGCCAUUUAUGCAGCAACAGACUUGAGCAUGUUACGAUUGUUUGAGGCAUUUUUGGAAACCGCACCUCAACUUGUUCUUCAGACUUUCAUCCUCCUGGUGUCUACUGACCGAGAUUAUGUUAAGUAUGGAUCUGUGAUUGUAUCAUGCAUGAGCAUUUCAUGGGCGACUUUGGAUUACUACGCGGCACUAAAAAAAUCUUUGCCCGCUCAGCAGACAGUAACUUGUGGAUUCCCUUAUGUGAUGUACUUUUUUUACAAGCUGUUGACACUUGGGUCCAGGAUUUUGAGCAUAACUCUACUAACCAUGCUGUCUGUCGCAGCUGCUGCUUACUUGUUUGUUUUGUGGCUAAUCAUGUUUAUCUGUGUCACAAGGCAGAAGACCAUAUUUUGUAAAUCUCGCUGUCAAGAAAUUGUUUACAGGAUGGUAGUUGGCAUCAUCUUAGUUUUCACCUUUUUCAAUAUAAAAGGUCAGAAUACACAAGCGGUAAUGGCUCUAUAUUAUAUAUUUAGAACCUUUGAAACUACUAUAAUACUUCUCUUAUGCUGGUUGUUGAAAGGCUCUGCGCUUGACAUAAACUAUUAUCUGUCAAUCAGCAUAACUAUAGGGCUAUCACUAGUUAUAGGGAUUGUUUGUCUUGUGCUGUACUAUAGAUGUUUCCAUCCUCACGUUUAUUCAGAAGCUGCAACUGAUGAAGACUCUAAUAAUUCUCACACUACAUCACAACCAUACAGGUCUCAUGAUGAAAUUGAUGGAUUCCUGCCUGAAAGUUCAGCAGUUAGACUUAACAUAAAUGAAAUCAGCAACAUGAUUCACUCAUCAGUGCCUAAUCCUAGAGGAGGAAACAGUAGAAUAAGACAUUGUUUAACUUAUUAAUUAAAUGAGAAUGGGGCACAACCAGAAUUCAUUUGAACACCUUCGACAAAUGGAGGGGUCACAUUUGGGACCUAAGUUGAUCAUUUUUUUUUCAAGAUUCACAGCAGAUCCCAUAAGUGAGGGUUGUUCUUUACAGUCUGAAAGCUUUAUUUUUAUACAUAAUAUAGAAUUUAUAAUUGAUGAGUUGUUAAAAUGAAGCCUUGUCUGCCAUUGACGUGUACAUUAAAAGUUCCAUGGCACCAUUCAGAUGAUAACAGGGUAUUCACCUGGCGGUACUGAGUAAUGUUCCUCCUCCCUCAAUCAACACAAAAACAACUUAAAUGGUUACUCAUCUCAUCCCAUGGGAUCGUCUGCAAGAAAAAUCAUUGUAGCAUUUGCCUGAGUAACCAUUACUGCACUCCAAAAAUUACCGACUUGACUGUGAAGUGCUUGUAGUCAUUUCCGGCAGAUAUGAAAAGGUUGUAUGCUCAUGUCGCAUGAAGAAAUAAAAACCACAUGUAAAUGCAAAUUUAAAAAAUAUCUACUGCAGUAAUCUAUAUAAUCGGAUACACAUAUUCUU